UAAAAGUAGAAAAUCCAAAUCCCCUAUAAACAAUAAAUAAACACUGAACAGAACUACAUAAUCAUUAUUCACAAACUAUAAUCAUGUUCCUCAAACUUGUGUUGUUGUGUUUUCUGGUUACAGUUGUAGCCAUUGAAGACACCAAUUUCACCUAUAAUGGAUUCCAAUCAUCUCAUUUAUAUCUUGAUGGUAUUGCUGAGUUAACCUCCAAUGGCUUACUUAGACUUACCAAUGACACAAAACAACAAAAGGGUCAUGCUUUUUAUCCAAAUCCUAUACUUUUCAAGAACAACAUCAAUGGAAGUGUGUUUUCUUUCUCAACAACUUUUGUAUUUGCAAUUAGACCUCAGUAUGCAACUCUUAGUGGCCAUGGAAUUGUUUUUGUUGUUUCUCCAACAAAAGGGUUGCCAUAUUCACUUCCAAGUCAGUACCUUGGUCUCUUGAAUGACACAAACAAUGGAAACAGUAGCAACCAUGUUUUUGGAGUUGAGCUUGAUACUAUUAUGAGUAGUGAGUUUGGUGAUAUCAAUGAUAACCAUGUUGGAAUUGAUAUCAAUGAUUUGAAAUCGGCUAAUUCGACAUUUGCAGGAUACUAUAACAGUGAUGGAAAGUUCGAGAAUUUGACACUUUUCAGUGGUUAUCCUAUGCAGGUUUGGAUUGAAUAUGACGGUGAAAAGAAGAAGAUUGAUGUUACUUUAGCUCCUAUUAAGGUCGAUAAACCAAAACAACCUUUGUUAUCAUUGAAAAAAGAUCUUUCUCCAAUUUUGAAUAGUUCUAUGUAUGUUGGAUUUUCAUCAGCUACUGGUUCAGUUUAUACUUCUCAUUAUGUUCUUGGUUGGAGUUUUAAGGUUAAUGGUGAAGCUCAAAAGCUUUUAAUUUCUGAACUCCCUAAGCUACCAAGAUUUGGUGAGAAAAAAGAGGACAAAAUUUUAACUGUUGGGUUGCCUUUGAUUUUGCUAAGUUUGGUUUUCAUGAUAACUUUAGGGGUUAUUUAUUUGAUCAAAAGGAAGAAGAUGUUUGCUGAGAUUCUUGAAGAUUGGGAACAUGAGUAUGGCCCACAUAGAUUUAAGUUCAAAGAUCUUUACUUUGCCACAAAGGGUUUCAGGGAAAGGGAGCUUUUAGGAACCGGUGGAUUUGGUAGGGUCUACAAAGGUGUGAUGCCAGGUUCCAAAAUUGAGGUAGCAGUGAAGAGAGUUUCUCAUGAAUCAAGACAAGGGAUGAGGGAAUUCGUGUCGGAAAUCGUUAGCAUUGGCCGUCUUCGACACAGGAAUCUUGUUCCGCUUCUAGGCUAUUGCAGGCGAAAAGGCGAGUUACUUCUGGUUUAUGACUACAUGCCGAAUGGAAGCUUAGACAAAUAUUUAUACAACCAACCAAACGUGAGCUUAAAUUGGAGUCAAAGAUUUCGAAUCAUUAAAGGGGUCGCUUCGGGUUUGUUUUAUCUUCAUGAACAAUGGGAGCAAGUUGUGAUUCACAGAGACAUAAAAGCUAGCAAUGUUUUAAUAGAUGGUGAAUUGAAUGGUAGGUUAGGUGACUUUGGUCUUGCAAGAUUAUAUGAUCAUGGAACUGAUCCUCACACAACUCAUUUGGUUGGAACUGUUGGUUAUUUAGCUCCUGAACAUACAAGAACAGGUAAAGCUACUAAAUUUUCUGAUGUGUUUGCUUUUGGUGCAUUUCUUCUUGAAGUUGUUUGUGGAAAGAGGCCAAUAGAACAUGUUGGUGAAAAUGAGAGUGAAAUUCUAGUUGAUUAUGUGUUUGAAUGUUGGAAAAGAGGUGUGAUUAUUGAGGCAAAGGAUGUAAAUUUAUGCACAGAUUAUAGUAUUCAAGAAGUGGAAUUGGUGUUGAAACUUGGUUUAUUGUGUUCACAUUCAGAACCUUUGGUUAGACCAAAUAUGAGGCAAGUUGUGCAGUAUUUGGAGAUGGAUAUAGCUUUGCCUGAUUUGUCUUUGCUUAGUUUAUCUUCUUCUGGUUUAACUUUUGGAUACCGUGAAUUUUUUGAGGAUUUUCCAUUGUCAUAUCCAUCUGAUAUGGAUAAGACAUUCUCACAUACUUCGGUGUCUAUUACUGAUUCACUUCUCUCUGGUGGUCGUUGAUUUUAAGAGGUUCAUGAAAUAUAUGGCUACUUAAUUGGUUUGUUUUGAUUUUGGUAUGUGUUAGAUUUGUAAGCUUCUUUUCAUUAAACUAUUUUGAUCACAUUUUGCAAUUAUUUUACUGUGUCUGAGUUUGUAUUUCUUGAGUUGAUGAAAGAGAAUAACACUUAUUAUUCAGCAA